UUAGACCGGCACCAUGAGGGCCCAGAAAACCCUGGCUGGGCCAACCCAGACCCCAAGGGUCCCACCAAGGGCCCCAGGGAUCAUGGUUCUGCUGCUGUUUGCAGUGGCCACGGGGGCAGAGCUGUUGGCAGCUACAGGUCGUGUCAAGUCUAGUUCACUUCAUGAUAAACCAUACAGGACAUUAACGACGGGAUCAAGGUCGUUUAAUCAACAUCCAGAACACAAGUCUGUAUGCCUUGGCUGCAAAAACACACACAUGGGACUACAAUGGACAGCUAGCCGAGCCCCAAAUACAAGCCGGCCCUCUGAGUGUAGGGCACAAGUCCAUCUAUGGGAGAGAACACAAAUCAGGAGCCCGCUCAUCCACUGCCUUCGAGAAGAGCAGCAGGAGAAUCAUUAUGAAGAGUUCCAUGUGGCGUGGGGUGGCCCAAAUGGACGUCUCGUUCCAGGAGAAAAUACUAAAGAAAAACAUGAAGGCACUUGGCUCAUUCUGCAUGGAAUGUUGCCCAACAUGUCAGGUCCUUACCAGUGCGUUCUGUCUUACAAAGAGAAAGAAACCCACACCCUUAUGAGAGUCUCACUGAGCUUCAUAGUCUACGCGUAUCGCGAGGUGCAGAUGGCGCACACCUUUCUGGUGAAUUACUAUGCCUCAAGCUGCACAGGAUACAACAACAAUCUGGUGCUGGACCAGCUGGUGGUGGUGCUCAAUGGCCUCCUUCGCCGGCUGUACUGCAAGGUGGUGCGGCCCAUGCUCGUGUGUCAGUCCAUUGUGUACCGCGACGUGGGCCGGCAGUACCUGCUGGAGAUCUCCUUUGUCGUUGAUCCUUACGGCAAAAACUGGCUGAAGACAUGCGAUGGUCUUUCUAUGAAGAAAUGUGAAGUCUCCUUAAACCUCAGAGAAAAAGAGGCUAGUAAUAUUGUCGAGUCGUUUUUCAAGAAGCAGGAGAGGAUAGUGCGCUUCCUGGAAACUCUGCCAUCCAUAUAUCUCAUUGGAGGCUCGUUGUACAAGUUUAAAGAUGCACACUGCAUGCCGGGUUAUGGGAAGGACAAGAUCAUUCAUCCCGAUUGUUCGAGCUGCUGUGGGUGCUCCAGGUGGGGGACUAGUGGAUGAUCACGUGCCCGGAGAGAGCUCUUGAGAAGGAUCGAGAGGGAACGAGAAUGUUCAAGAAGGCGGGUGGGGCCGAGAGCGGAGCGGCCCCGACCGGAGAGGGAUAUAAGGUGGUUCCCUGAGAGGGACCAGAGUCGCUGUAUUCUACAAGCUGGAAGCUCAACACCUAAAAGCUGGAAGCUCUAUGUCUACAAGCUGGAAGCCCAACAUCUACAAGCUGGAAGCUCAACAUCAACAAGCUGGAAGCUCAACAUCUACAAGCUGGAAGCUCAACAUCUACAAACUUGAAGCUCAACAUCUACAAGCUGGAAGCUCAACAUCUACAAGCUGGAAGCUCAACACCUACAAGCUGGAAGCUCUAUGUCUACAAGCUGGAAGCCCAACAUCUACAAGCUGGAAGCUCAACAUCAACAAGCUGGAAGCUCAACAUCUACAAACAUGAAGCUCAACAUCUACAAGCUGGAAGCUCAACAUCUACAAACUUGAAGCUCAACAUCUACAAGCUGGAAGCUCAACAUCUACAAGCUGGAAGCUCAACAUCUACAAGCUGGAAGCUCAACACCUACAAGCUGGAAGCUCAACAUCUACAAGCUGGAAGCUCAACAUCUACAAGCUGGAAGCUCAACAUCUACAAACUUGAAGCUCAACAUCUACAAGCUGGAAACUCAACAUCUACAAGCUGGAAGCUCAACACCUACAAGCUGGAAGCUCAACACCUACAAGCGGGAAACUCUACGUCCCAAGCUGAAGCUCUCCGUCCUACGAGGCAACCACGUGGUCGGAGACCCGAGUGAGGGAUCGACCCUUUGUAGCAGUAACUCGCCGUAGUCUGGUGAAGGGGCAAUUACCCCUUUGUGUUAAGGUGUUACAAAUAAAAGUGUU